GUGAGCUGUGAUUGGUCACAGCUUGUCACAUGGUACAAGGCUGUUGUGAAUAGCCUUGUACCAUGUGAUCUCUGUGAUCAUUCACAGAUUUCACACGUAGUAAGCAAUGAUGUCAGAAGUGACAUCUUGCUUACUACUCUGCAUGUGAUCACUGAUUGGCCAAUCAGUGAUCACAUGAUCGGGACCUCGCAGAGAGGUCCCACCAGAUAGAAAGCUGUUCAUAUCAGUUCUUGUUUAGUAGAGCCUUUAAGCUCACAUACUGUUAAAUCGUAAUUGUGCAAUUCCUGUACAAUCGUCUUUAGAUUUACCAUCAUUUUGCAAUACAAAUGUCUACCUA